AUGGCGUCGCCUCUCAGAGCCACUGCCAGCAGCGGGCGUCUCCAGCAGCGGUCGCCAACGACGCACGCCGUCGUGCCUCUCGACCAGCCGCUGCUGCCCUUCCGCCUAUCGUCUCCGCUCGACUCCACCGCGUCAGUGCGCGCCGAUGACUCGACGGCGUCGCUACGAACAGCGAUAGAUGACGAACGUCUGUCGCUCGAAGACCACGUGUCGCGCGAGGUGGAAGAAGGGCGGUGGAAUCGCGCACACGCGUCGCCUACGAUCCGCCCAUCCCCGCCGUCCGUCCCCGCCCGCCUGCCAUCCUCGCAAUCCCGCUGGCCGCCACACCGCCUUCCCGCUCGCCCCGCGUUCCUCGCCCUCGUCGCCCUCCUCGCCGCGCUGCUCGCUGGCGGCUCGCUGCUGCUCUCGCGGUCACCGCUGCCGCCGCUGAGCGACCUGCUUGCGACCACCGGCGACACAGGCGACAGGCCCCCAGACGACACAGUGAGAUCUGACCUGCAGGCGCAGAAUGGGAGGGCGGGUGAUGGGCUGGCAGCUAGUGCGAUGGAAGGCGGUGAGGAGGGCGGGGCCAGCGAGGAUGGCGCGGAGAGAGUAGAAGCGGAGGAGACGAGGCAGAGGGAUGAGGAGGGGGACGCUGGCGCAAGAGGGGAGGCGGAUGAGGUGGUGCGCGGAAAGGAGGGCGUGGGCGGAAAGGAGGGUGUGGGCGGAAAGGAGGGUGUGGGCGGAAAGGAGGGUGUGGGCGGAAAGGAGGGUGUGGGCGGAAAGGAGGGUGUGGGCGGAAAGGAGGGUGUGGGCGGAAAGGAGGGUGUGGGCGGAAAGGUGGGUGUGGGCGGAAAGGUGGGUGUGGGCGGAAAGGAGGGCGUGGGCGGUGGCGAGGGGGUGGGGAGAACGGAGAAAGCCGGAAUGGCAGGGGUGGACGAGAAGGUAAGCAGGCGGAGCAGCACGAGCGGUGGGAGCAGUGGUGGGAGAGACAAGGAGCGAGUAAGGGAGGCAGGAGGACAGGAGGGUCGCGAGGGGGAUGAGGAGAGCAAAACAAAGAGGAGCAAGGAGAGGCGAGGGGAGAAGCUGACGGGUAGGAGGCGAGACGACAGGAGCAGCCAUCAGGAGAGUGCACUGGGGGCACCAACAGACACCACGACCCAAAGCAAUGUGACUCAAGACAUCGUGACCCAAGAGACUGUGAUUCAAACGAACGUUACUCAAGGCAAUGUGACUCAAGGCAACGAGACUCAAGACAAUGUGACUCAAGGCAGUGUGACUCAAGACAAUGUGACUCAAGGCAAUGUGACUCAAAGCGACGCGAAUGAGCAGAAAGAGUUGGUGACUGCAGCAGCUCAGACGCCCAGCGCUGAGCGUCGUGCGCCGGGCCCCUCAGCGCCAUCACGAGGUGUGCCCCCCUGUCCCCCUGUCCCCCUGCCCCCCUGGCCCCCUGUCCCCUUGCCCCUCUGUCCCCCUGUCCCCCUGGCCCCCUGGCCCCCUGGCCCCGUCUCUCCCUCCCCCCCUGCCCCUCUGCCCCCCGCGCCUCUGUCUUGUGGCACCCUCUCCCCCACCUUGGCUGGUGCGGCCGGAAUGAAAAGGCAGCUCUGCCGUACCCCAACCCAACCUCCGCCUCUCCCCCAUCACCCUCACAUCUCCCCAUCCCACCACUGCCCCUCCUCGCCCCCCCACCCACCCCCAACCCCAUCCCCAGCGCUGCACCCUGCGUGCGACCUGUCACAGGGCACGUGGGUACCGACCACGCGCCCCCCACUCUACUCAGGGGCCAACUGCACGUGGCUCAGCCCGCAGUGGGCGUGCCGCAGGGCCCAAGACCGCCCUUCCUUCCACCACGAGGCGCUGCAGUGGCGCCCCACACACUGCGACGUGCCGCCCUUUGACCCGCUUGACUUCCUCCACCGCCUGCGCCACCGCGCCCUCGCCUUGGUGGGGGACUCUCUCGCGCAGCAGCAGUUCCAGUCGCUGCUCUGCCUGCUCGCCUCUGCUGCGCCAGGGGGCACGGAGGACGUGGCGGGCGAGUGGGGGUUUGUGAACCUGGCGGUGAGGAGCAAGUACAAGCGCAUGCGCCCCACCGGCUAUGGCGUGCGCUUCCCCGCCACCAACACCACCAUCCUCUUCUCCUGGUCCUCCUCCCUCUGCAAGAUAGCGUACUACAACGAGAGUGACAAGCUGGAGGGCGGGGCGGCCAUGCACGUGGACCAACCCGACGAUUUCCUGCAGACGCACCUGGGGCGGCUGGACGUGGUCGUCAUGAACAGUGCUCACCACUGGAGCAGGGGCAAGGUGCGCGAGAGCAAGUGGGACGUGCACAUAGCAGGGCAGCCCGUGAACAUCGACGACCCUCAGCUGCACCUCGACGUGCAUGUCAAUGCCCCGCCGCUGCCACACGCACACCACACAGACGAUAGCAGCAGCAGCAGCAACAACAACAACAGCAGCAGCAGUGAGGGCGAGAGCAGUGAGGCGACGACUGGCGGCAGCAGGGUGCUUAUAGAGGGCAACGCUGACAUCAUGCACGCCCUGCAGCGCAUCGCCCUGCGCUCCUCCAUGGCCUGGCUGCACCGCCACGUCACUGCCAUGGGGGGGGAAGAGGGCGAGGGUGCUACAGGGCAGGCACAGGAGACACAAGGGGGCGAGGGAGGAGAAGGGGGACUCGUCAGUGGGGAGGGUGGGGCAGGUGCAGCAGCACGGGGUGGUGGCAGCAGCAGGGGGGCGCAGAGGAGAGGGAGGGCGCCGCUGCUGCUGCUGCGCACGGCGUCCCCGCGGCACUUCUUUGACGGCGAGUGGAACACCCCUGGCCACUGCGACCACAAGCGCGACCCCCUGUCCCUGGUGGCCGUGCUGCCCCUCAACUCAUCACGCGACCCGGCAGCAGAGCAGGCGGUGGCGGGGCUGCCGUCCCUGCACCUGCUCAACACGUCGCACCUGUCAUCGUUCCGCCCCGAUGCACACCCGUCCCAGUGGGGGUACCUGCUGGACGGCGCCCACCAGGACUGCCUGCACUGGUGCCUGCCUGGCGUGCCCGACACCUGGAACCAACUCGUGUACGCCCACAUGCUGCUCCGGGACAUGCACGAGGGGGGAGAAGGGGGCGAUGCGAGCAAGAUGGAGGUUGGGGGGAAGAGAGGGGUGGAGGGAGGAGUGGGAGGGGGUGAGGAAAAGGGAGAUGAGAGGGCAAAGAAGGAGCCAAGAAGUAGAUAG